UUGAAUGUUAUGUAGAUAAGUUUAAUUUUCUGAAUUUUUUUAAUUUUAAGUAAAACCAUUGACUUGUACUCCCUAAUGUCCCAUUUUAGUUGUCAGAUGUAGGGAAUGAAAAAAUUUGAACUUCAUUUAUAAUCAUGUUUCCCACCUUUUAGAUUACUUUUGAUCAGCAAAAUUUGAAUUUAGUGGCAUAUUAAAUGCUUUUGUUAAUUUUAGAAAAAAAAAAACUUUUGUAAACAUUAUACUUCUUCCGUUUAAUUAAAUGCAGCAUUUGUAAAAACACCUAUGCAGUUUUUGGAGAUGAGAGAGUUAGAGAGAGAAAGAGGACCCCUGUGACAUGAGAGAGACAGAGAGAAUUUAUCAACUAAAUAGGGAAGUGAUGCAUUUAAUUUGAGACUUCCUUAUCUAGAAAGUGAAAUACAAUGCUGAAAGAACACACGGAGGCAAUUGACUAAUCUCCGAAUCAAACCUGUUAAACCUGUUGCCUGCGUGUUAACUACAAUUUUCUUUUAGGCAUACCCUCUUUAUUUUUAAUCCCUGUAGCUUAUAUACAAACAGCAAUAUAGGGGCUUUAGGCCUUCAAUGGUUUUUGCACUCUGCAGUAGGCUGCAAAACUUCCUUAAAGUUUGAUGACCAUGUAGCCAAAACAUGAAAUAUAUCUCCCUCAACCCCAAUGUCUCAAUAUUAUCAAUCAUCAAAGAAUCUGUAUGUAUUCUGCACCUUUUAUUUCUGUUCUAUGACAAUUCCUUUCUGGAUGCAAUUUUGCUUGCUGAUGUGACUCAAAGCUAUUUGUAAUCAAAUGUUCAAGAACAAUACCUACUCGAACAAUCAGGCAUAAAGAUUUGAGCUUCUCAUAUGUAUUAAUUCACCAACGCCUUGAAUAUGGAUAAACGGUUGAAUUUUGAAAUAGGUUUUAGUUGCAACCAAGGCUGUUAGGAUUGGUAUCCCUGGUUGGAUUGAUGAGGGAAGUAGGAUUGAAUCAGUAAAAUCGGAUUGUAGAUUUGUAAGAUCCUACAAUUGAUAAAUGAGGCAAUCAAGGUGUUGCUACAUAACUAGAUACCCAUCUUUCAAGCAAUAAGAAUGCCAAAAUGUAUAUUUAAUACUUGCAACAAUAUUCUCAAGUAGUGUUCGCAUUACAACUAAAUAUGUUCAUGCUGUUGUAUACUAUUAUUUGUCAUUAAUAGUUUCUUCUUAGAGCAUCCUUUUUGCUGAUGAAUUACCAGUCCAUACCUUGAAAGCUGCAUACAUAUUUGGGAUGUCUUCACUAAAAUGCUGGAUUUUUUUUUUCUUUAUCUGGUGUUAACCAUUUUUGAGAUUCAAUCAAAUAUCUUGUUAGUACCUUCCCUGCUAUGUGGCAUACAGACAUUUGUAUGUGGUGAAUAAUAUGUUGAAUCUGACAAUUCUUUUGCUUUUGAUAUGUGGCAUACAGACAUAUUGCAAGUCCUGCAAUGGUAAUCGAGUGGUGCUGGGAUCAAAGUCUGUUCGACUAGACAUCAUUCCUGGUGUGGAUAAUAAUGAAACAAUCAAGGUAUCUAGAAGUGGUGGAGCUGAUCCUGAUGGAUACGGGCCAGGUGAUCUUUAUGUUGUCAUUAAGGUUAGAGAAGACCCAGUUUUCCGAAGAGAAGGAUCUGACAUUCAUGUCGAUGCUGUUUUGAGUAUCACCCAGGCAAUUUUGGGUGGGACAAUCCAGGUUCCAACUCUAACUGGAGAUGUUGUUCUUAAGGUUCGUCCUGGGACCCAACCAAAUCAGAAGGUCGUGCUGAAGAAAAAAGGAAUUAAAGCAAGGGGCUCUGCCUCAUUUGGGGAUCAGUUUGUGCACUUCAAUGUCAGCAUCCCAACGAGCUUGACCCCAAGACAGCGGGAACUAAUAGAAGAAUUUUCCAAAGAAGAGCAAGGAGAAUGUGACAAACGUGCUGCAGCUGGUGCCUCUAGAUAGAUAAUCUUGGUUUUCAUAAACAAAGUAGCAAAAUCUGAACUGCAUGAUCUCUCAUGCUGUCAUGCAGCUAAAGAAGAAAACUCAAUUUGUUAUUCCUGGAUUUUAAAUAAUUUACGUUUUUUUUUAUUUGUUGAAGGGGUUGAAAUUGUUAGCGAGGUUGCUCUUUUUUGGGACAGUGGUACGGGAGGGGGUUGGCCGAAUAUGUGUUAUAUGAUUAGCUUAACCUAUUAGUGAGCUGAAAAUUUUUGUAGGACAUAAAUACUUGGUCGAUUUGACGCUGUUAUAUGCAAACAAGAAAUUGGCUGCAUUGCCAGGUUUGUACUGUAUAUAUUAAGUCUGAAUAAAUACAAAUUUACAAUGUACCUUGUUGAGUUUU